UGAAUUGUUCAGCACACCAUUUUGAGACGACCUUCCACACCAACAUCAUGGCUUUGAGACGUACUGUGCAGUGGCUUGUGGCUGCUGCCAGUGUUACACAGAUCUCUGCCAGUCCACAUGGCCUUGUGCCUCGACAGGAUUCGCUACCUAUAGGAAGGUGUCCUGGCUACAAGGCUACCAACGUCCAACAAACCAGUCAGGGACUGACUGCCCAACUCAGCCUGAAUGGCCCAGCUUGCAACACCUACGGUCAAGACCUCGACAACUUGAAGCUUGAGAUCACCCACGAGACUGGAGACAGACUUCAUAUCAAGAUCUAUGAUGCUGAGGAGAACGUCUACCAAGUUCCCGAAUCUGUUCUCCCACGCCCAGUUGCACAAGGAAAUGUCACUUCUGCAUCCACUCAGCUCCUCUUCAAUGUUGUCGAGAAUCCUUUCUCUUUUGCCGUGUCUCGUCGUAGUGGCGGUCAAGCUCUCUUCAACACCAGCGGAUCAGAUCUGGUUUUCCAGUCGCAGUACUUGAGACUUCGUACUCAACUUCCCGAGAACCCUCAUCUCUACGGCUUGGGCGAGCACGCUGAUCCUUUCCAGCUAAACACUACCAACUACACUCGUACUCUCUGGUCUCGCGAUGCUUACUCUAUUCCCUCGGACAGCAACCUGUACGGAAACCACCCGGUCUACUUCGAUCACCGUGGUGCCGAUGGAACUCACGGCGUCUUUCUCCUGAACUCGAACGGUAUGGACAUCAAAAUCAACAGCACUGCUGAAACUGGCCAGUACUUGGAAUACAACACCAUCGGCGGUAUCAUUGAUCUCUACUUCGUAGCUGGACCUUCGCCUGUCGAGGUUGCCAAGCAGUAUGCUGAGGUUGUCGGUCUGCCCGCAGAAAUGCCAUACUGGGGCUUCGGCUUCCAUCAAUGCAGAUACGGUUACCGUGAUGUUUACGAGGUCGCUGCUGUGGUCGCAAACUACAGUGCCUCCGGCAUCCCCCUGGAAGUCAUGUGGACGGACAUAGACUACAUGAGCUCUCGACAUGUUUUCACUCUUGACCCGGAACGCUUCCCUCUGGCCAAGGUACGAGAGCUGGUCUCCACCCUGCAUGCUAGACAACAGUCCUACAUCGUCAUGGUGGAUCCUGCUGUGGCAUACUACAACUAUUCUGCUUUCAACAAUGGUGUCGAGGCAGGUGCCUUCCUCAAGAGAUCAAAUGGCUCGAUUUACCAAGGCGUUGUCUGGCCUGGUGUCACUGCAUUCCCUGAUUGGUUCGCAAGUGGAACUCAAGAAUACUGGGACAACGAGUUCACCACCUUCUUCGAUGCCGACACUGGUGUUGAUAUUGAUGCGCUCUGGAUUGACAUGAACGAGGCGAGUAAUUUCUGCCCCUGGCCCUGUAGCGACCCGGCCGGAUAUGCUGCCUUAAACGGCUUCCCACCUACUCCUCCGGAAGUGAGAGCAAAUGCAGGCUACGCGAUCCCUGGCUUCCCUGCCGACUUCCAGCCCGGCUCUUCCGGUCGCAAAUUCAAGCGUCAAUCGAACAGCACCGGCACUCAUCUUGGCCUCCCAGGAAGAAACUUGAUCAAUCCUCCUUACAGCAUAGCCAACGACGCAGGAAGCUUGUCCAACAAGACUCUCGACACUGAUCUGUACCACGAGAACGGGCUGGCAAUGUAUGACACUCACAAUCUCUAUGGUCUCAUGAUGUCGACUGCCAGUAGACACGCUAUGCUGGCUCGCAGACCCACAAGAAGACCCAUGAUUAUCACCCGCAGUACCUUUGCUGGCGCUGGUGCUACGCUUGGUCACUGGCUUGGUGACAAUAUCAGCAGCUGGGACAAAUACCGCGUCUCGAUUGCUCAGAUGCUCGAAUUUGCAGCACUCUUCCAGAUGCCGAUGGUAGGAAGCGAUGUCUGUGGUUUCGGAGGAAACUCUUGGCCUGAGCUGUGUGCCAGAUGGGCUACUCUUGGUGCAUUCUACCCAUUCUACCGCAACCACGCAGAGUUGGGUACCGCGAACCAAGAGUUCUACCGUUGGGAGUUGACCACUGCUGCCGCCAAGAAGGCCAUCGAUACACGCUACAGACUGCUCGACUACCUCUACACAGCCUUCCACGAGCAGACCCAGACCGGCAAGCCAUUGUUGCAACCUCUGUUCUUCGCUUAUCCCGAAGACGCCAACACCUUCCCCAUCGAGCAUCAGUUCUUUUACGGUGAGAGCAUUCUUGUCAGCCCUGUGGUUGACGACAACAGUACAAGCGUUACCUUCUACCUACCCAAUGACAUCUUCUACGACUACUUCACCUACGAACCCGUCCGUGGAUCAGGUAACUGGGUUACCCGCGACAAUGUCGACUUCACCGAUAUCACCGCCCACAUCCGUGGCGGCAGUAUCUUGCCUCUCCGUCAGAACUCAGCCAACACAACCACUGAACUCCGCAAGCAAGACUUCGUCCUCAUCAUCGCACCUGACCUAGAAGGCAAGGCUGAGGGAACUUUGUACUUGGACGAAGGCGAUGCCAUCGAACAGCCUCAAACCAGCUCCAUCACUUUCAGCUACGCCAACGGCACUUUCAGCAUGGGUGGCACUUUCGGCUACCCUACUGAUGCCAAUAUCGUGAGUCUCACUGUCUUGGGCCAGAGUGGUAACGCCACGACGGUAGCCAGGAAGAGAGAUUCUAGCGUCGUGUUUGACGUCAAGAAGAAGUUGAUGACCAAGACACUUGGUGUGCCGUUGACUGAGUCUUUCGUCACCACCCUCGUCUGAUACACACGAUACGAACAAAAUACGAGAUGAAACAGAGAUUCAGAGGAAGAGAAACUUGCUAGGUAGAUUGAGACAAAUGAAGUUACGAACAUGGGUAGACGGUUCACAAGAUCCCAUAGCUUACGACAAUAGCAUAACGAAAUGAGAAAAGGAUGAAUGACUCCUACC